AAUUGAUAUUACGAAUUUCAAUUGGAAAUAUUGGCUUUUGUAAAAGUGAACAUUUAAAGUGAAGUAAUGGUAGUUUUGAACAUUUCCAUUUAUCGGGAUAUUUGAAAAAUUAAUUUCAAAAUUUAUUAGUUGGACGCUCAAGCUAGAGCUAGUUUAACUAAAAUGGGUCCCUUGGAACCAACCAAAUAUGGUGAACAGUUCCAUGAACUGUACAUCAAUUGCUUGGAUAAUAGAAAAUCUCCGGCUGGAAAUCGUGGAAAUCGAAAUCGUCGUCGUAAACGUAAUCGAACCUGUGCCGUAAACAAUCAUGACCAAUUAUCAAAUAUUAAUCGCAUCGAAGUACUACCUAAUGCAUCUAAAUUUGCAAUAUUUUCCGCGAUUCGCGCAAUUGUUAUGGAAUCGGAAUCAAGAUCACAGUCUUUGUUUGACAUCUUGGAAAAUAGCAAAAAACUACAAUGUCAUCAGGUAGCCAAGCAACAAGAUAUUGAUACGGACGCUGACAGCUUAAUGGGCGACAUCACCGACAAACAAUUGAUGAUGUCAAUUCCACAGAUCGUUGGUGCUGGCUUGAAAGGAUUGUUUGAAUUGAUAGCCGAGGCAAGAAAUGUCAGCCCAAACUUAUGUACAAAAGGGUUACGAGCACUCUUUGAUGUGAUUCAAGGACAAGUACCAGAGAGUUUUCGAUCAGAACCAAACGAAUUGAUUCAACCGUUGUACGAUCUACUCUUAAAUUUGGCUACAUUGCAUGGAGCAUUGCCAAAAGACUCGGAUCUUAAUAAUUGGUCAUCAAUCGCGUGUUCAGCAUUGCUUGGACUGUGUAUAGCUCGUGGUGAUACUGGCAAAACUAUAAAAGCAAUUUCCGCACUCAUAAUGUCACCAAAAAUCUUAUCCGGACAAUAUAUCCAGUUGCCUAUGGUGCUUUCCACACUACAAAGAAGCAUUUAUGCAGUGGCUUUGGGCAAACCAACCAAACCGGAUUUCUUUGCAAAUGGUGUACCGAAAAACUCUCUCGUUGAAGAGUUCUGCGUUAAAACUGAAAUACCAGAAAGGGUCCAAUAUCACGUUCAGCCUUCUAUCGCAUCUAACGGCAAACAUAUGUACAUUUUGUUGGGGAAGAGUUUAUUCAAAAUCGGAACCGGAUUCAAUGGCACGUUGAAAGGCCAUGUAUAUGGUGUCAAUGAAGAAUUUUGCAAAGAGAAAAAUGGAUGGAUUGGAUUCUGUGGGAAUUCUUUGUUAUACAAAAAAAUAUCCAAACGGAGCAAUGAAACAAUGCUGGUUGUAAACACCGAAACCCUAUCAAUUAACUCCACCAUUCAAAUUGCAAUGCCAUCAAAUAAAGAUGGACAAAAUUGUAUAUUAUUUUCCGACGAGGAUUCUUUGAAUGCCAUUUGUUCUUUAAAAGACGACAAUUUGGUUGUUCGGCAAUUAUACACAGUCGGCAGUGCUGUGCCAGAUUUGAUGCUUCAAUUAGCGCGAAAAAGUUUCAAGACAUUUGGCUAUGCUACAUUCGAAGAGGAACUAUUGAAUCAGCAGCAAAUUCAAAAGAUUCAAGCAUCAUUUAAUCCGUUCGAGAUGAAACUUUCAAGUGAAACUGAAAUUGCCGGAAUUGUAUGUGGAAAGGAGUUCGGUUUGAUUCGAGCAAAUAAUGGCAAAAUCUUCUACUAUGGUAAAUCGUCAGCUUUGGGGUUGAAAUCGAUAGGAAAAACACCGUCGAUGAAACCGAUUGAAUUGAUUGUUGCCAAAUCAUCGAAUAUCGUUCAUGCAACAAUCGGCCAUGAUGGGAUGCACGCCAUUCUCAUCAAUGAGGAUGGAAGUGUCUUCUUUGCAGGUACUGCGCGUAGAGGAGAAGAUGGAGAUCGAGAUCAUUCGAAGAAUCGUCGUCAACCAAAAGCUGUAAAACCAAAGAAAAUCAUCAAAGUCGAUGGCCAUCAAUUUGUCCAUGCGUCAUGUAAUAAUGGAACGUCGGCUCUGGUAACGCGCACGGGAAAACUCAUAAUGCUAGGAAAAGACACAUCACACUGUGACACAUCAUCCGGUUUCGUUACUGACUUAUUGGAUCAACACAUAACAACCGUAGCUCUUGGAAAGGCACACACAGUGGCACUGAAUAACAAAGGUCAAAUAUUCACAUUCGGAAUGAACAAUAAGGGUCAAUGUGGCCGAUCACCGAAAGGAAAAUCAUUGCAAAAUGAUGUCGACUUUGGCAUAAAAUCUCAACAGCCACAAUCAUCAUCGUCGACGCAUCAAGCGGCAGCGCUGAAAUUUGAUGUGUCUAAUAUGUGCGAUGUUGAAGAACACAAUAUUAUUCAUGGUCAAUGCCGAGUUUGUUCUAUUUGCCGCGAAUGUACUGGAUAUAAUGUAUCAUGUGUUACAACACAGAAUAUAACGAUUGAUCAACGCAUCCCGGGAGCAAAUUGUGCAUGUGGCAAUGGAGAUGGUGGAUGUUCGAAAUGCGGUGCCUGUAGCACGUGUAUCUCUUUUCAAGAAUCAGAUGGGACCGGAGGUGUCAAGGAUAAUAAACCAUUUACAUUUCUUUUGCGUCAACGGUCAAAGGGCUCACUCAACCGUUCAAAAGACAAACGAGUACCCGAAACACAAAACACUGUUCCUGAAGUUGAUCGUGAUACAACGCCUCGUGUAGCACCACUGCCACCGCAAAGAGUGUCUUUGCCAGGCACAAGCAGCCCUGUAAUUUCGAUUGCAUGUGGAUUACACCAUACAGUAGUUCUUACUCAGAGUGGAGAAGUGUUCACAUUUGGCCAAAAUCAACACGGUCAGCUUGGAACAGGCGACCAAUCGCCAUACAUUGGCCCAGUUCAAGUUAAAUUGAAUUCAUUUAUCGUACAAGUGGCUGCUGGUAGCAAUCACACCGUUUUACUAUCAUCCCGAGGAGUUAUUUACACAUUCGGAAAUCACUCGAAGGGACAAUUGGGUCGAUUAUCACAUGACAUGCAGCACAAUGUACAUUUUUCAGAUGAAUUUCAAAAAUCGGACACAAACGAAGACGGUCAAUCGGAUAUUGCCAAUUUGGCGAAGAUAAAGAAAUGUAUAUGGCAUUGCACGCCGGGACAAGUCUCCGGAAUUGGACCACAAUAUGGAAAGAGAGCGACACAAAUUUUUGCCACCGGCGAUCAAACGUUUUUCAAAUUGGAUGAAAGCAUUUUAACGGGCGCAAUGCUCCCGAAAAUCAACGUUGUAGCCAAUAAAUCGACAAUUCUAUUGAUACCCCAAAUCCCAAUGUCAUUCAACUGUUUAUCGAUAAAUCGUCGAGAUGGAAGUUGUGUUCCGCAUAGCGGAAAUCAAGUAAAUUUCGCAAAAAUAAUACAAAACAAUAUAAAUGCCGUUUCUCAAUUGGCCUUCGACAAAUGCAACCAGAAUGUUAAUACAAAUCAGGCCAUCGCAAGUUCAGCAAUUGAUCGAAUGUCACAAAGUGUAUAUGACACAUGCCAUCAAAUAUUCGAUGAACAAGAAAAUCUGCAAUUUUCCGAGCAUCAUCAUCACCAUCGGCCACCGCAACGACGUAAACGCGUCGAAACAACUCAGUGUGCAAAAUAUGAAAAAGUUUUGCCACAGCUUGCAUUCGAAAUGGAUUCAAUUUAUGGUGUUUUGUGGGUUUUCGAUGCAAUUUCAAUGAAAUGCUUCUUAUACAAUGUGAUUGGUAGUGAAGUACCAAGAAAUUUGGAAUAUUCCAAUCAUAUAAUUGCAAUUUUAAAACCAGAACUCAUGUUGCCGAAUAAAGUGGAUGUUUUGAUUACAAGAAAUUUGGCGUCGGUUAAUCUUCUUGCCUGUUUGGAUAUUUUAACAUCAGUUCCGGACGCAAUACCAUCAUGUUUUGAACAAACACCCAAGCCAGCUGAUUCGGCUAUGAAGGAUUCAAUAAGCAGUUUGAACGAUUUUCAAACGGUGACCCGUUUCGAGAACUUGGGCGGAGGAUGGGGAUAUAGUGGACAAAGUGUUGAAGCUAUCCGAUUUAUGGUCGAUACCGAUGUUGUAAUUGUCGGAUGUGGAAUGUAUGGCGGAAGAGGAGAAUACACUUGUAAACUCAAACUGUACGAUCUUGGCGUUGAUGGUGGUUGUUACGAAAAGGAUGGAACUCUUUUGGUUGAGACUGAUGAAGUAUCGUACGCAUGUGCAGCUCGUAGUAAGCACAACAUAUUUUUACCGCGACCAACAAAUGUGACGGCCAAUCGAUGGUAUUUGAUUUGGGCACGAAUUGCCGGACCUUCAAGUGAUUGUGGUUCUAGUGGACAGGCCAGUGUUACGACCGAAGAUCAGAUUGUAUUCAAUUUCCGAGUGUCAAAGAAAGCAAAUAAUGGAACCGAUGUAAAUUCUGGUCAGAUUCCAUCGAUCUUAUUCCGGAUUGUGAAUCAAGAAACAAAAUCGCCGAACAAUUCUGAUCCCGUUCAUAAGGUGUCACAAAAUUUUGCGAAUUCAGUCACUAAAGAAUGCUUUCAAAGUUUAAUUACAUUGCUCAAGUGGUCGUGGGGAACAUUCAAAUUGACAUUAAAUGAUUUGAAAGAUAAGAAAAAUCUUUCGCAAUCAAUUUCAACGUAUAACCGGUUGUACUAUGUUAGCAAAGUUUGUUUGCGUCUACUGCGAAAAUAUACGAAUGAAAUUUAUCCAAAUGAUACUUCAAAAUGUGAUCGAUUCCAAAUGAGGAAACGAGCAACCGAUGGCGAGGAUAAAAACGACCCGCAACUAUAUGGCGUCACACAAACAUCGGGUACAUCCACAAAACAAAAGCCGCCCGUGAAGCAUAUGAUGUCCAGUAGCCUGGAUGUGACAACGUCGACCAGUCAGAAAAAAUUACCCGGAGAAAAUCUUCAAUUGGUUGAAUGCAUUGCGGAAGUUAAGUGUUUACUUAUUGAUAUUUUAUGCGAUGAAAUUGCAUUGAGCGUUGAAAGUGAGGGAUACGAUGCAACUAUGGAAAUUCUAGAUGAAUGUCAUACCACAUUCUUAUCUUGUUUCAAUGCAUUUUAUCCAACCAACACACUGAAAUGGAAUUGCUUGUGCGAUUUACUGAUGAAAAAAGACAAGGGCAUCAUGCAUGCACGACUGUUGAGUGCUAUUUUAGCAGGUCUUUGCAACACUAAUGUUAAACUUAAAUCAACAUUCCCGCUCUUGUCUACGAACAGAGAAAGCAUGUCAAUCAUCAGUCCAUCAGAUAAUUCGGGCUUGCCAAUGCUCUCUUCGUCCGAGAACUAUCAAUUUCCAGUUUUGGUCGAGCAAAUGACAUAUCGCACACAAUUGGAGAAAAACGAAUUUUUGUGCAAUAGCUGGACAUUCAACGAUGUCUUAGUUCGAUUGCUGGAAAUUAUUUCGUAUCCCAUUAAGUCAAAAAUUGAAAAUAUUCACAAUCGUUGUAGUUAUUCAUUGACCAGCAUUAACACUGGUAUACAUCAAAAACUAAUCGAUAACUGUUGUCAUCUCCUUGCUCGAGUUUUAUCAGAAAUCAUAUUCCAAAGUGCACCAGAGGUACCAAUUUUGAAUUUCAUUUUCUUAUUUUGAUUUGUACUUUACUGUUUUUCUCAUUUAUUUAAGAAUGAAAUCCCGUCGUUGCCAUCUCAAAGUAUCCGUUCGUCGGGCUGUCGAUUCGCUCGUCGUGAUCCAUGCCGUACAUGGAAUACGGGAAAUUUUGGACCUGAUGCCAUUUGCUUCAGCGUCGAUCGACCCGGAAUUGCGGUUGCCGGUGCUGUUGUCUAUUCAGGCUCUGGAUCUUAUGACUAUCAAUUAGAAUUGUUGUAUGAUACACUUGAAUCACCAGCCCAACAUAAAUGGGAAACAUUGGAAUCUAUUUCUGGCACUUAUGAUCAAGACAUCGUUAGCAAUGAAAUGGCUGAAUUGAAAUUUGAACGACCAGUUCAUAUAAAGGAAAAUACUCGGUAUGCGAUUCGUCUAUGUUCGCAAGGUGCUCGUACAUGUUCCGGCGAUAGUGGUUUUGGAUCAAUAAGAGGUCCUUGCGGAGCAAUGUUUUCAUUUUAUCCUUGUGAUUUAAGUUUCAAUGGAACGACAGACAAACGAGGACAAAUUCCCUGCUUACUGUAUUACAGUUCACCAAUGAAACCCGAAUCAAUCAAUGGCAAAAUUCGAACAGAAAUUCACGCCAGAGACACAGCAUUGAAGAUUUCUAGUGACAUCACAAAGAAAUGUACGGAUCUUUUGAUACUUGCUCGAAAUGCAUUGGCAACAUCAAUUACACCGUCUGAAAAAAGUGGCAACUCAUCAAAUAAUACACAAACGAUUGAUUCCGAGCAAAAUAUUACACCGAUUGAAGAGCAUGUUGACAUCACAUUUACUCACACCAAUAAUACACCAACCGAAGCGACGUCAAAGAAUAUUUCAACUGCUCGUGAUUUGACCAAACGCCUCGAAUCGUUCUCCAAGGGUAUUUUUGAAACUCUAAAAUUUGAUAAACGCUCAACAAAUCCAUUCGAAUACGAGAUUGAAAUCGGUUCUACGGAAAUUCACCCAAAAGAUUUGAUCAAAGAAAAUGACAUCAAAUCGGAUCAAUUGUCGAAAAUAAAUGGAAAUAAUGGAUUAAUUCAUGGAUCAUUGAGAGAUUUUGGAUUUUCAAAAUCCGAAGAAGAUCGAAUGGAAACCUAUGAAGAAAAAAUUCUAAAUAUUUUUCAGCAUAAAACGUCGAGCAUGUUUCAUACUCUUUUGCCAUUAACUUUUGGCCAUAUUGCCGCUUUGGCCAAUAGCGAUCCAAGGAGUUCUGUUGAAGUUUUAACUUUAAUUCGAGAAAUUCUCCCACACGUCGCCGCCCUGAACAAAAUCAAUUCAGGAAAACACACAGAUUUUGGAAAAACCACACCAAAUCAGGUGAAAGCAGAACAAAUCAAUGAACCCGCAGAGAAUAUUGAAAUAGAAAACGAACAUGUUGACGAUGGAAAUGCAGCCGCUUUGAUUACGAGCAAAGUGAAUACAACAGCAGAUCUGGUGACAACGAGCAAUCAUUAUUGCAUCGUUGAAAGUGAUCAUCCGUAUAAAGGAGCUUCGAUUAAUAAUUACAAAGUCGAGUUUCCUCCUUGCGUCCAAUGGCUAACAAUUGAAUUCGAUCCAAUGAGUGGAACCGCUCAACCUGAAGAUUAUUUGCUCAUCUCGAUACCAAAACAAGUUUUUUCAACAACACUGACCAACUCGUCCGAUCAAUCUUGUUCGCAAUACGAUGAAUACGAUGUCAUUGAUGGAUUUACUUCUUUUGACUCGGAUAAUUUGGGUAUUUGUAAAAACGCCCGAUUAACUACAUCUUUCGAAUCAUUUACGAAAGAACGAAAGUACGGUAGUGGCGAUGACGACGAAUGGCACAUUGCUCAAAUGUUUAAUAAACCUUCCCAUUGGACACAAAAUUCGCUUAUCUUACCCGGUAACAAAGUAAAUAUAUCAUUAGAAACUGCUACAAACUAUGCUCACGAUCAACAUGCGAACAAUUUUGGUUUCAAGUGUUUGAUCAUUGGAUAUGACAAUCCAUCUCUUACGAGAAUUCCAAAUUCGACGUUGAACUGGUUGGAAUCUGAGCUCGCUUACUUGGGUGGCAUGUGUAGUGCUAGUUUACUGAAGAAAAGUUUGACUUUACCGGGCGAGAAUCCAUUGGAAGACUUUUCGGCUGUGGAAAAAACCAUUCAUAUUCAUUCGGCACUUUUAUCUAAAGGACUGGCUCUUUCCGAUUCAAUUUUAACAAUUAACCAAGCUCUUGAUUCUUAUCUACCUGUUGGAGGAAAUUCGAAUGAGAGACAAUUUUUGAAAGAUUUUGUUGGUGCGGUACCCGGAUCGUCUGGUGAACGUCUGGCUUGUUGGUUGCAGCCUGAUAGACGAUUAGAUCCAAAUAAGUGUGAAUUAAAAGCGAUAAGCGAACCAGUACGGUAUGGAUGGCCAACACAGUUAUCUGUCAUUACUCGUGAUCAAUACGGAUCUCCUGUCUACGUACCAAAUUUGAAGAUUCAAAUUAAAGCAACUCCGUCGAAUGGAUUCAACGGAAAUCGAAAAGGAAAACGUCUAUCACAAGUCGAUAUGAAUGCAUACAAAGGUGUUGCAAUGCCACCCCGUAUCCCAUAUGAACCGACCAUCGAAGACAAAAUGUGCUUUAAAGCAAUCACCUUAAUGAAGCCAUAUGCUCAAUACUCUUUCGAAGAGCUGCGUUUUUGUAAUCCAUCACAAAAUAAAGUGUCCGAAAUUCUUUACGCAAGUGAUUUGGGAGAUUAUAAUUACGGUACAGUCUGGACGCCAAACGGAAUCGGUCACUUUUCAUUAUCAAUCACAAUCGAUAAUGUGACUUUAGAAGAAGUCUAUCGUACCGAAGUGAAAGAAGCUGGUAUUCCUCCACCACCACAGAAAAUCGCAUUGGAAAAAAGUCAACCGCAAAAUAAACUUCGACGAUUUCGCGCUGCCAAUUCGGCUGGUUUACGAAUCCGUUCGCAUCCAACAUUACAAUCAGAAAUGCUUGGAACCUUAAAAAUGGACGGCAUCAUUUCAUUUAUCGAUGAGGUUGAAAACGAUGAUGGUCUAUGGGUGCGAUUGUCUACCGAAUCAAUUCGACAACAUUGUUCACCAGGCUGGUACCCAUUGGAAGCUUGGUGUCUACAAUAUAAUCAACAUAUUGAUAAAACACUUUUGCAUCCGAUAAUUGAAACAUCAAGUACACGACAAGAAAGUGCAUAUUCCAGACAACACGAUGAAACAUAUAUCGACAAUGAAGCAACGCCAACUUCCGACACGCAUCACUUGACCACAAUUCCACCGGAGAUUGUUCCAAGAAAAUCUCCAAACAGAAAACACCGUCAUGCUGACGAGCGGUUAGCUGAAACUAAUCCAUUUAAAGACAUUUUCAAGCAUUCAGAUAAUGAAUUCAGUGAAUCAGUACCAAUGAGUGGCAAGGUAUCGUCACGUUUAUCAAGAAAUCCGUUCGAAAAAUUACCUAAACGUUCCGGCAAAGUGAUUGAAGACGCAGACGACUUAGAUGACUAUGUUUCGCAAGAUGAAUGCGAAAAGAGUGGCGUGUCAUCGAUUUCGUCGUCGCCCAAUUACAAUCAGGUCAAACAACAGUCACAAUCAAAUAUCGACAAAUGGACAGCCGGUGGCUCGAGUAAAUUGGCUCAAAUUCAAAAAUGGUUCAAAAGCGAUAGUUUCGAUUGCAAGGAUACGAACAGUCCGAGAAAACGAGGUGACCUUGCCGAAUUGGCUUCAGUUUCGGUGCGCGAAAUGGUUAAAGUGAUUGGCGGAAAUUCCAACGAUGGAAAAGGUAACUCUAAUUCACCGAUUCAUCCAUUGAGUCAAAGUUCAAGCCCGAUUUCGAUACCAUUCAAACAAUCGGUGUAUAGCAGUAGUUCAAAAUCGGUAGAAGUAUCCGAUACAUCGGGUGUUCAAAACUCGUUCACUUUCAGUGAUACAAAGGAGAAUAUUCCUGAAUCAAUUUUUGGUGGUUCACAUUCGUCGCAGACCGAUUUCGAUACAACCUCAUCAAACCGAAGUCGCGGUGGAUUCUUCACAUUUGACAAUGACAUUCAAUUGAAUGAACAACGUUUCGAGCCUCAGUCACCGCGAAAGCAAAUGAAGCGAACGAUAACCGUUUCAAUGGAUUCCCAAGUCUGUUCGUCGCCAUUGAAAACAUUAAAAUCAAUUGAGACAACUAAAAAAUGUCGCAACACCGAAAAGCCAGAAACGAUGGAACGAGAGGAAAAUGAAAAUGGUGCUCCGUCUGAAUCGAAAGAGUUUCCAAAACGUGCAUUGCCCUCAGGGCUUGCCGAAAGUUUUCGUGCUGUGUUUGCCGCAUUUUUAUGGCACGAGGGACUCGUUUAUGAUGCAAUGGCAUGUUCAACAUAUUUGAAAUUUCAUCCUUCGUUGCCAAAAAGAAAUGCACUCACUUUUACAAAUGAUGUCGUCAAAACUGACCCCGUUCAUCUAUCCAAGGAACAACGGGCACAACAAAGAUAUUCGGUUGAAGUAGCUAAUACUGGUAAUUACUUGAACAUCCGCCCGUCAACACUUGAAACACUUAACAAAUCCGGACAGUCGAGCAUUUUCAAUCGACGCAAUCGAAAAACAAAUAGUCAAAUGACUUCGCCCGAUCAAGGCAAAUCGGACUCCGUACACUCUGAAAUAACGAGUUGUCCGCCUGCUUUGCGUUGUUUAGUUUUCCUAUGGGAACAAAUCAGUGCCAAUUGCAUUCAAGUGAUCCAAAGAAACGGAAUGAAUGUAGAAAAUGAGCAAAACAUCAAAGAUUCAACUUUGAUUGAUGAUCAAAAUGUUAGCGAUUUUGAUUCUAGGAAGGUCGACGCCAAAAAGGACGAUGGAUCAUACUGUGAAUUGUGUGAACUCUUUUUACCGAUUCCGGUUACGUAUCACAUGCGCCUGGUUCAUCCGGGUUGCGGUAAACGAGCCAAAGGCAAAGGAUAUAAUUCGGUUGGCACAUAUUGCGAAGGAUGGGCUGGAAAUUGUGGAGAAGGUGGUCGUGGUGCAUCUUCAUGGUAUCUUAUGUGCGAGACUUGUCAUGAUAAGUACAUGGAGGGGAAUCAUAAUAGUCAAAUUAUGAGCAAUUUGGCAUGUCCACCACCAUAUUUGUCAAAUCAAAAACUCCAUUCAAUGACGGCUAUGAAACUGAGUAGUGAUUCCAAUAUUGAUAUGUUUCAAAUGAUGAAAGAGAAUGCACUGUUCCUAUUGGAAUUGUCAUCGACUAAUUCACCAAUGUUAGGCAAUCAAAAGAAACCGUUUGCAAGAAAAGAUCAAAUGCCAGUGGUGAAUGAACAUCAAACAUUUGAUUUAAGUCGAAAUGAAACGCAAUUAAUCAAUCGAUAUUCAAAAGGCAACAAAGGUUCAAGGAAAUCCGAAGCAUCAUCGCCAGAUUUAAUUUGGUCAGUUUCUGAUAUGUUUUUAUGUCUCGAAUCAUUGGGCGCAAAUGUAGCCAAAGAUUUAGCGCCAUACGAUCGAAUUGGCUAUUCCGAAAGCAGUUUCGAUAGACCGCUUUCUGAUAUAUCGCUUGAUGUGGGAGAUGGGGGUCCCUAUGGAAACGGGACAUUGAUGAACAGUUCAGUGACGAGUAAUAACACACUGUCAAAGUUUCACAGAAGCAUUUCAAUGGGUCAAUCGCUGGCAAAUAGAUAUGGAUAUCAACCCGAUGAAAAUUAUGAGACAAAAGUUGUGAUGCGAAGAAAAAACAACAAAGUUUGUGAUGCUGAUGGUUCUCUGUCUUUGUGCCAACCAUCAGAAAAUCUUCGCAAAUUAGUGCCCGAAGAGGUGUUCAACUUUAAUGCAGCCAUGCAAUCAUAUUCGAAAUUGGCAUCAACAUUGUUGCCAUCGAAUAACCCUAUGGAAAAUCUAGAUGUGAAAAACGAGAAUGAAAAUGACGUCGAUGAGCAAUUAUCUGAUGCUGAAAAUCAAGAGGAAUUUGUUAUUAUAUCGAAAAUUGGUGAUUCACGUAAUGCAACCGUUGACAUUUCGUUGGCAACUGCAAACGAACUGGCCAAACGGAAUACAUCAAAUUUGAUUGAUAUGCCAAAUCUUCUGUCGCGUCCAACUCUUAUGUUCUGUUUGCAGUCUCAUAAUUUGGAAAAAUUGCGCUAUGCCAUGAAACGAAAUCUUCGAAUUGCAACGUGCCGAAUAUUCGCAUUGCAAGCAUUGAAUUGGUUUAUUCGAUCGGUGACGCAAUCAACUUCUUUGCAUGAUAUAAUGUGGUGGUUUGUAUCAGCAUUGUAUCCAUCAAAUGAGGAUGAAAUCUCAAAGUAUGAUGAAGCACUAGAACAUCCAAUGACAUCAAUUAAAAUGUGUGAUAAAAUCUCAUCGUUGCUGACACAAAGUUUCCAUUCAUUUCUACAAUCCAUUGCCGAUUUGACAUUACUCUUACCAUCCGGAUCGGCACUGCAACAAUUGGCCAUAAACUGUUUUGGUAUCAAAUUCCAUCAGAAUGAUCACCAAUUUUUACAUCAAUCGCAUGUGUUUGGGAACAUUUCGAAAAUUCUUUCGCGAUCCGAUGAACUACGCGAACAUCAAACAGACGAUGUACCUUUCAUAUUUGGUGAUGUAAAUUUGCUGUUGAAUAGCCAUGGAAAUGUUAGUGGCACCAAGUUCUAUUCACUGCAUGAUAUGAGCGGAAUGUUUGAAGUGAACGUAUCGUCACGUCUGGCAAUGGUGUCAGCGCUAACCGAUAACUCAACGGAAACAUUCUGGGAAAGUGAUGAAGAAGAUCGUAAUAAAUCAAAAACCAUUGAGGUGUCAUUGAAUAAAUUUGACUAUUCAUGCAAAAUGGUUGCCGUUCAUAUUGAUAACACCAGAGAUCUGCAGAAUAAGGUCACGAACAUUCUAUUUUAUGGCGGACAAUCGCUGGGCGAUACGAAUUUAAUCAAAUCAUAUGACGUUGAUUCACGAACCGGUUCUUGGAUUUCGGCAAAUGUCUCGGAUGAAUCGUAUAUUCAUUUCCGAAUUGAAUUGAAAGGAGCAGAAACGUUGCGCGUUCGUCAAAUUAAAUUGCUUGGCAUUCCGAUCAGUGGCGACGAUAUGAUAUUGAAAUCGAACGUAAAAUUGCUCAAUGCAUCGCAAAUUCAGCAUCGAAACUGUGAAUCUGAAACGCUUCGAGUGUUCCGUUUGCUGACAAGUCAAGUCUUUGGCAAAUUAAUUUUGGGAAAUGAAUCCGAUCAGGAAAUUGAUCAAGAUACGAAUAAUGAAGGUGCUAUAUCGAAUAAUCUACAAUCUACUGGUACGAUCGGUGCAAUUGAUUCGAAUGGAACAUCUAUGUUGGCCGAUUCACUUGACUUACGAGAGCAUAUGGUGGGCAUUCUAUUUAGCCGUAGUGGUCGUAGUAAAUUGAGUCAUCUGCAAAAACAAGUAAUCGUUCACAUUGUGCAUGCGAUAAGAAAAGAAACGAUUCGCGCCAAAGAUGAAUGGGAAGCUAAUUCGGCAUUGAUGUUUGACAAUCGUGCCAUCAAUUCUGAUGUUCAACUGGCAAAUAGUGAACAUAAGAGUGAUUCGGCGAGUGAAAAUUCACGGGCACCGGAUAUUUAUUGUUUCGAAAUGUUGAGCAUGGUGUUGGCCUUGAGCGGGAGUGCCGUGGGACGCUCGUAUAUUUCAAAUCAACAUGGGCUUCUCAAAGAUCUACUGACUCUUUUACACACUGGAAGUGAUCGUGUUCAACGGCAAGUAACUGCUUUGCUCCGUAGAAUUCUACCUGAAAUACCGCCCGAACAAUUGGCCGAUCUCUUAAAUGUUUACAGUUUGCCACCAAAUGACUUCAAUAUAUCCAAUCAGAAUAACGAAGAAUUCGAUAUGAAUCGUUUGGGUAUAUUGGACAUAUUCCUCGCAGUCAUUGCAAAGUCAUUGCAACUGCAGGUAAAAGUUAAAUCGACCAGCUCAUCAAGUGCGGUGUCAAAUAAACAAUCGAUUUCGUUACAAUUAUGUAAUUGCAUCGACUUAAGCAUAUCGAAUUUACUUGUGCACGAGAGAGAUGGCAAAGAUAUUGCUGGAACAUCCGAUUUUGAAUUCAUUCCAAAGAAAUCAGAGUCAAGAAAUUUAAAUCAACGUUGGUUUUUACGUGGCACGAUCAAUAUAAAACAAGCCGAAAAUAUCAUUCUACUUAUUCGAGACAUGGCGAGUGGAAAACUAUCGGACAAAUGGUCAACGGUGACAAAGGCUGCGAUCGCUGAAUCCAUUCUUAAUCUAACUCGGCUUGAUGAAAUCUACCGCACCCAUGAGAACUGUAUUAAAACUGCCACUUUAUGGUUGGCAUUGGCAAGUUUAUGUGUACUGGAUAAGGAUCAUGUUGAACGAUUGUCGUCUGGACAAUGGUCGAAAAUAUCUGAAACUCGGCCGUUAUGCUCAAAUCAUGACGAUGGCGUUACAGCUGCAAUCAUUCAAUGUGAAACGUGUCUAUCGCUGUGCGCUGAUUGUGAUCGUUUCUUGCAUUUGAGCCGCAAAACAAGAAAUCAUCGUCGUACCGUCUGCAAAGAAGAGGAAGAUGCCAUUCGUGUCGAGCUACAUGAAGGUUGCGGUCGGACCAAACUAUUUUGGCUACUUGCUUUGGCUGAUUCAAGAAAUCUCAAGGCCAUCAUUGAGUUCCGUGAUGGAAAUAUAGCUGCCAUAUCGGGUCAAGCAAUGUCUACAGCAGGUCGGUGUAGAUUUUGUGGAGCCGUGGGUGAUUCGGGCAUAUUGGCCAUGAGUAACGUUUGCGCCGAUAAGGAAUGCCAAGAGUUUGCAGCGAAUGUAUGUGCAAAAUUGAAAUCAUGCGGACAUUCAUGCGGCGGAGUGGUGAAUGAAACAAAGUGCUUGCCAUGCUUGGAGGUUGUGUGUCACAAGCGAGAAAAUGAGUUGUCCGAGAAUUUAAAAGAACCAAAAUUAAAACAAGACGCCGACGAUAUGUGCAUGAUUUGUUUUGUUUCGGCGCUAUCGUGUGCGCCAGCAAUUCAACUUGAUUGCGGUCAUGUGUUUCAUUAUCAUUGCUGUCGUACUGUGCUUGAAAAACGUUGGAUAGGUCCACGAAUUAGUUUUGGAUUUUCAUUGUGUCCAAUUUGUAAGGCUGAUAUCAUGCAUUAUACAUUGACCGAUCUAUUGGAUCCCAUCAACGAACUUAAGGCCGAUGUCAAACGAAAGGCUAUCAUGCGGUUGGAGUACGAAGGCAUUGUUCAGUUAGCCAAUCAAAAAGAUCUCGGCUCAUAUGCAAUGGAUCGAUAUGCAUAUUAUGUUUGCUAUAAAUGCUCAAAAGCAUACUAUGGUGGAGAGGCUCGGUGCGAUGCUGAAAUGGGAGAUAAGUAUAAUCCUGCUGAAUUGGUUUGUGGAGGCUGUAGUGAUGUUGCACGUGCCAAGAUGUGUCCAAAACACGGCAUGGAUUAUCUUGAAUACAAGUGUCGAUUCUGCUGUUCGGUUGCAGUGUAUUUCUGCUUUGGUUCGACGCAUUUUUGUGAUACAUGUCACGAUGACUUUCAACGCCUGACAAACAUUCCAAAAGCAAAAUUGCCCAAAUGUCCAGCCGCUCCAAAGGCGAAGCAACUCAUAGGCGAUUGCCCGUUACAUAUUAUUCAUCCACCUACCGGUGAUGAAUUUGCUUUAGGAUGUGGCAUUUGUCGAAAUGCACAAACAUUUUAAAAACAAUCUCGAUGUUGUAUUCUCUAGUCAAUAUUUCUCUAAAAAAAGAGUUACAAGUUGGUUUAACCAAUAGCAUAGGACUGUUGUAGUCACUCUUAAAAUAAUGUUUGAAUCCAUUUUUGAAAAUUCAUUUGUGUUAGAUAAAAGCGAUAAAGGAUUUACCAAAUUAUAAUAGUACUUAUCAUGCAGCAAUAAUGUAGCACAGCAAAUAAUAUUCAAAACAAAUAAUAUUGUGCAAUUUCUCUUGACAUUCUAAAUAAAUCAGUAAACAAUAA